UCUCGAAUUUUAAAAGACUUCGAUAAAAGUCGAGUAGGAUUGAGAGAAUCCAAGCAAAUUUUCGAUUUAUUAAAAGAUUUAAAUAAACAAUUGAUUGUUGUGGAUGCUGAUGAUUUAAUUAACGAUCCAGAAAGAGUUAUGAAGAAAUAUUGUGAGCUAAUUGAAGAGGAAUAUAAAGAUGAAAUGAUUCAUUGGGU